AUGUUAAAGAAACUAAGUCCUUCAAGAUUACGCCGUUCGACUGGGAAAAAGAUUAUAGUCAAGCCGUUUCCUGGAGCAACUACUUCGGACAUGAAGCAUUAUAUUAAACUUACUCUGGAGAAAAAUCCCCAACUAGUCGUGAUCCACGUUGGAACAAAUGACAUCCAACAUAAAGAGCCCGAGGAGAUAGCUAAGGAAGUUGAAUCACUGUGUAGAACUAUCAUGGUGAACGGCUUGUCAAAAGUCGCUAUUUCAGAGAUCAUCCAGAGGGCAGAUGACAAAUUGAAUACAAAAGUUAAAAAAUCGAAUGUUCUCCUGGCAAAGGUUUGUAAGAAUAAUAACUGGUCUCUUAUUUCCAAUAGUGAUAUAAAUACUGCUAGCCUUAAUGCAUCUGGUUUACACCUAAAUGAUAGAGGAGCAGCAAUACUAGCGAAGAACUAUAUUGAUUUUUUUCGCAAAUGA